AUGACGAUGAGGAAGCGCCCCUCGUCCUCUCUUCUCAUAUCACCGCUGCUGUUUAUGCUUCUUCCAGCAUUUGCUCUUGCUGCGGGGAGGCACAACCUGAUCACUAGAGACCCUCAGUACGGCCCACAGGUGAACCCAAAUCUAGAACCACUGCCAGGAAAACAGCCAGAUCCAAACCCUCAACCAUUACCAGACCCACAACCAUUUCCAGGACCACGACCAGACCCAAAGCCGCAACCGCUACCCGAGCCUAAACCUCAUACAAACCCACAACCACUGCCAGAGCCACAACCUGAUCCAAACGCUCAACCAUUACCAGGACCACACCCUGACCCAAAUCCACAACCAUUGCCAGGCCAAAACCUGCAAUGGUUGAUGCCAGACCCACAGCCAAACCCAAACCCUCAGCCAUUACCAGGACCGCAGCCUGAUCCAAAUCCACACCCAUUACCAGACCCAAACCCGAAACCAUUGCCGAACCCACAGCCAAACCCAAACCCUCAGCCAUUACCAGGACCACAACCUAAUCCAAACCCACAACCAUUACCAGACCCAAACCCGAAGCCAUUACCUGGACCGCAACCUGAUCCAAACCCAGAACCAUUACCAGAUCCAAAUCCACAACCACUGCCAGGCCCACUACCUGACCCAAAUGCACAACCAAAACCACCACUUAGGACACAAGCAGAAAAAGGAAAUGGGGAAGCAAACGUCCAAGAGGAACCGUUGGCAUGA